UAUCGCAUUCGACAUUAAUCGCAUGUUGCCGUGAAAAGUACGAUUUGAUAAGCGGUCAGGAAGAGCAUUUAAUAGACUGCGGUAACUCAUUAACAACAUUAACAAGCGACCAUUCGACGGAGAUACUCGUGUUUGUAACAAAGGUAUCCAGUUAAAGUCCAGAGUCAAUAUAAACAGUGUGAAGAACGUAACGUAAUGAUGAAAAUUGUUUUGAUCAGUGUGUUAUUACUCCAAAUUACGUUGUGCUAUGCAUAUCCGACAUCGCAGGGUGUAGGUGUCUACAGCUAUCAGGAUUCCACAGGCAAUAGGUAUGGUGGGACAUUCGAUCCGAGGGACACAUUCAUACCAUACAGUGAUCCCUUCGCUGUCCCAUUCAACGAUAUCGACUAUUUCAUUCCUGAUUACUUUAGGAACUUUGAUAACAUACUUCAACAGAUUUUUCGUUCUGAUAUAGAAAGUCAGAGAUUAGCGUCACACGCAGCUCGUAAAGCGUUUGAUAUAACAUAUAACCAUGCAGGUUAUAAUCCCAAUUUCUUUAGGUUACCGCAAUUUACUGGAAGCCCAUUCUUUGGACCAGGAGGAUUCCAAGCUAAUAUGGAUAAUAAUGCCCAUCAGUCGGCCUUCGCCAGUGCCGUAGCUGCGCCAGGUUACAGACGUCAAAUUGCAUCCAUUAACCCAGUCAAUCCUGGUUUAGCGAACGUGGAUGUAACGAGUACCCUCGGUGAAUCUGAUAAUAGAAAUCCGAAUUUCAUGAGCGUUUCCAGUUCCUCAUUCGCCUCGUCUUCUAACAGAGACGGGAAGGUCACAGGCGUGCGAGGUGCGGAGACCGUCGUCAAUGAUAACGGAAAGAUUACCAAGUACCAAGUUCACAGCUAAAAAGGUUCUCUUUAUAGCGCCGCGAGUUUUCAUUAUCUUUUUAUUAACAAAAUUUAGUAAUUUUAAUGUUUUGUGUAUUCAAAAUGACACGUGUCCAUAUGGCUGUGAUAAGAUUUGAGCAUAUGUAUUAUAAUAAUAUUUAAAACACAUUAUAGGCAUUUAUGUAAUAAUGAUCAGUGAUUUACUAAAUAUAAUAUAUAUAUAUGAAAUAAAUGAGUUGGCGCUGACACAAAAAA